AUGCAGAGCGUGUUGCAGUACCUCGGGGGCAGCCUGGGACCCGGCGUGGGCAGCAACAACCCGUGCGUGGUGCAGUGCCAGGGCGCCACGGGCAACACCUGGAGCGCUGCCAAGCCCUGGGGCUCCCCCUGCAUCCUCAACCACGAACAGAGGUUUUGCGCAUCCAACGUUUGCGUCCUGAAAAACGACUCCUACCUGGACUAUUGCCGGCAAAACUUCCAGACAUCCAAUCAACUUCUUGCCUUGAUACCCUACGCAUGUUCCCUGGAAUGUAUGGACGCCGUGACAGGAAUCGUGCUCAAGGUCAGGAUGAAUGAUGGAACACCAUGCUACGCAAACACUGGCUACAGGUAUCAAGGGGGCUAUUGCUACAGCGGAAGCUGCAGCAUUCUCACAUUUCCAUACGUGCGGCAGGGGGGACUGUCACAUCUGAACAUACUUGGUAGUGCGUUUGGAUGA